UCAUAACCAGCAAGCCGAGGCCGCCCUCGCCCAACUCCAAAAAGUAGACCAGUCGCGGGAAGAAGCGGUCAAAGCCCUCCAAGAGGCCAAAAAUAAAAGUGAAAAACAAAUUGCUUUUCAACUGGAACAAGAAAAUUUUUCGGUUGAGAAUAAAAUUUUCUUGCAAACAGUCUUGGGAAAACUAAUUCCCGAAACGCUAAAAAAUGAUAAUGAUGAAGCCGAGUUAACCGCACUAGAAAACCAGUUAAAAACUUUCCAAACUGCCUCAGAAAGCGAAGAAAAAGGGGAAAUCUACCAAAAAUAUAAAAAAACGAUUGACCAAAUAUUAACCGAAAUUCGGCAGGAAAAACAAAGAUAUCAGCAAACCAAACUACCAGAUAGCCAGGAAGAACAAAUCCCGAAAGGCGAUAAACAAAAGCCUAGUUCGGGUGGUCGUUUGCCCGAUUGA